AUGAGACGUGGUCGAGCGGUAGCCGGUUCUCGUCGUGGUCCGGGACGACCACGAAAACAACCCAUUGAGGCUGAGGAACCAGAACCAGUGACUCAGGAGGCAGAUUCUUCUAGGGAUCCAACUGAUGUUGAGACGGUUAGUCGGGGACAGACCCAUCAGACUCCUAGAGAUCAGGGACGUCAGCCUCAGGAGAUCCCUUCAGUCAUACCAUCUGGUAGAAAUCGGGAAUUUCAACUUCAGGGGAUUCCCUCAGGGAUACCAUCAGCAUUUCCUACUCCUGCUACUACUGACUGGAUGAGGGAUAGAGCGCGUAUACCACUGUUGGCAAGGUCCGUCAAGGACAGGGUUACUCUAUACCAGGGCGGAGCAGACCCCUGGGCUGCUCGUAGCUGGUUGAAGAAUUUGGAAAGCACUUUCGGAUACAUGAGUUGUUCAGAUGAAGAGAAAGUGGAAUUGGCUGCGUAUCAUCUCCGGGAUCAGGCAGUCAGAUGGUGGGAGAUGCAGAAGACAAUCUUUGGGGAACAAUGCAUCACAUGGGUGAUGUUCCGGGAUGCUUUUGAGCGCCAGUAUUUUCCAGCCACAUUCUGUUUAGCUCGACGCCAGGAAUUUCUGAAUCUCAAGCAGGGCGAUCGAUCGGUGAUGGAGUACAACGCUGAAUUCUGUAGAUUGGCUGAGUUUUGCCCUCAUUUGGUGGCACAGGAUUAUGACCGGAUGCAGCAGUUCACCCAGGGUUUAGCAGCAUAUAUUCGGCUCAGGAUGUCAGGAUUUCUAGGUAGCUCCUACCGAGAAGUUUUGGAUCGUGCACUGUUUAUAGAGAUGACUCAGCAGCAGGUAAAUCAAGAGAAAAGUAAGGACAAGCAGCUGUCGCAGAAGAGAGGGAAUAAGGGUAAAGACUUGCAAGUUACUUCCGAAGGAUCUACUCGACCACAGAAAUCAGGGCGAACCACGGACGAGUCUACUAGUUUCCCUAAGAGAGAUCGGAAGAAGGACAGUGGUGGAAUUAGGUGUUUCCAGUGCGGUUCGAAAAGUCACCUCAAACCCGAUUGUCCGUUGGAUCAUUCGAUAUGCUUCUAUUGUAAGCUUCCGGGCCAUGAGAGUCGGGAAUGUUCCUUGAAGGCUCAGUUGGAGACUACUAAAGUUACUGUUCAGGAAGAUUGA